CUGUGAUUUGUGUAAACAAUAAUAAUAAAGUAUUGUAUGUUUGCAUGUAUAACAGAAAACAGAUUUCCUACUUAUGUAUUUUAUUAGCUCACACUGUUUGGUAGUUAGUGUUCAUUUUAUUGCACAUCAUUAAUUGUUUGAAAAACGCUGGAGUGGAAAUUUGUUAUUUCGUUGAACGUUCAGUAUCAGAAUAGGUAUUGUUAUCGGUGAACAUUUGAAAUUACAAAUAGUUUCAAAUAUCGACUGUCUACUGUUUGAGCUAUGCGAAUCAUUGUUGAACGAAAUACCACGCUUAGUUUUACUCGAUGUCAACGUGCAACGUGACCACCAAUGCACUUUAGAUGAAAAUAUUUUCUCAAUUUAUAGUGCUAGAAGACAUAUUCUUAAAACCGACAAAAUGAGGAGUUAACAUUUACUUGAUUCCUUCUGGAUUUCACCAUGUAUUUUACCAAUUUAAGAAUACUGAAGGUACUCUCGUUAUACAAGUUUCGCUUGUGUAUUGCAUUUAUUGUUGUACUCAGUUUUUGGCAAAUAUUUAGAGCUAUAACAAACAGUAAUAAACAGAAACUAGUUCAUUCUCCACGUAUUCUGAACAACGACAACUCUUUAAUGGAAAACAGUGUUAAAGAUUUAACAUAUCUUCCAGUUGGUAUAUACUAUGAAGCAUUGUGCCCAGAUUCGAGAAAUUUUAUACUUCAGCAUUUAGUUCCAUCUUUUAAUAAAGCACCUAACAGUUUUGAUAUUGAGUUUGUUCCUUAUGGGAAAGCCAAGACACAUGAAAAUUCUGAUGGAUCAAUCACAUUUGCUUGUCAACAUGGACCAAUCGAAUGCCAUGCAAAUAAAAUUCAUUCGUGUGCCACUCAACAUAUAAAAGAUAAAAUUAUUUUAGUCAAGUAUGUAUCAUGUAUGAUCGAUAAUAAUUAUGAUCCAGAAAUGAUUGGAAUGUUAUGUGCCAAGAAAUACAAUGUGAAUUGGAAUAAAAUUUAUGCUUGUUCAGAAGGAAAAGAAGGUGAACUAUUAUUAAAGUUAAAUGGUGAAGCAACGGAUAAACUGUCGCCUCAAGUUUCAUUUAUCCCAACAAUUUUGAUUAACCAUGAACAACCUAGACAAGCUUCUGUCUUAAAAGAUUUUUGGGGUGUUGCUUGCAGUUAUUUCCCUCCAGAAUCAAAACCUGUUGCUUGUUAAAUAUUGAUAACCACCAAUUUUUUUUAUUGACAAUUGAAGGGCUACAUUCCAAAACGCACUAUUGCCAUUUUUAUCGAAAUCGGG